AUGGAAUCACUCAUUUCCAAAGCUAAAUUUUAUUGCUGUUCUCUUCUACCUGAACCUUGGAGUAAUCUUUGUGAAGACGAAAUUGUUGUUCAUCCAAUAACAACAGGUCGAUCAAAUCGCUUAUUUGUUUGUACUCGUCCAACAUAUUCAUCUUCAUUGUUAAGUAGGUCAACAGUGUUACCAACCUCAUUACCCUCUUCAACAACAUCAAGUGACGAUGAUUCUGAUUGUCUUUCCAAUAGUUGUUCAGAGUCUUGUGAUGAUAGAUAUUCAAAAGUAAUUGUUCGCUUCUAUGGAAGUGAAUUAACCGGUGAAGGCAACAGAUACAAAUGCGUCACAGAUGAAGAAGAAAUCGCAAUCUUAGAAACUCUUUCUUCGCGAGGAAUGGCACCUUCGGUUCUAGCCUCUUUUCCUGGUGGUCGCAUCGAUGAGUUCAUAGAAUCAAAUGUUCUACCUCCAAACCAAUUAACUCAAAAUGAGCUGUUUAAACUAAUUAGCAUUAGAAUUGCUCAAUAUCAUUCUUUGCCCUUUAAAUGUGAACGAACAUACGAUCUCUUUGCAAUCUAUCGUGAUUUAUCUGGUAAAGCUAUCCAGAUGAUGGAAAAUUUAGAUGAAACAUGUUUUUCAAAACUGCCAGAAUCUUCCGUAUUGCUAUUGAACAAAAUCAAAAGUUUCCUCGAAAGUGGUCCAGAUUCAUUCUUAAUUCAAAAGAUGACCCAAAUUCACAACAAAAUUGUUUUCACUCACAUGGAUCUUAACUAUACAAAUUUUUUGAUCACGAAAAGCAGUUCAUCAAACAGGCCACUUGAUGUCAUGAUAAUUGACGUUGAAAAUAGUCAAAACAAUUUUCGAGGAAUUGAUUUGGGUAAAUUUUUCACUGAACUUUGCCUAAAUGAAGAGUCAAAAGAUUUAGUUUUCAUUUCUGACUCUUUAUUUGAUUCCUUCACUGAUUCCUACUUAACUGAAUGGAUGUCUUCGGCAGAGCCUCACAAAAUUGACCCUAGAGUAGAUAAUCGUGAUCAUUUAUUGACUGAAAUAAAACUUGGUUUCCUUUACAACGUGAUUUUCAUCGUCUUUUGGAAUGUUUUACAUCCCAAUUUCCCAGGAAAUUUUCUCGAAAAUACUUCAUCAAGGAUUGAUCUUUUCAACCAUUUUAAGCAACGAUGGUCGCCAUUAAACUAA